UAACAAAAUGGCGGAUGUGCAUAAAAAAUUAAGUCUGCCAAAAAAAGUGAAAAGAGAUUGAAUUUUUAACCUUUUUAAUUGGUUUAUGUGUGUACUGUGUGCGUUUCUAUAGAUGCAAUCCUCUGGAGGUCCUGGAAGACUGUUUGAUUUCCCAGAGAUCCCAAACAAAGACGAUGUUGUGGACUGGACAUACUCCAAGAGAAGGGAUAUGCAGGAGAUUGUUCCAAGAAUAUACCUUGGGCCAUAUUCAGCCGCAAUGAAAAGCAAGUUUGACAACUUAAAAGCCCACUCCAUUACGCACAUUGUUUGCAUAAGACAAGAUAUAGAAGCAAAUUUUGUUAAGCCAAAUUUCAAGAAUGAUUUCAAAUAUUUGAUUUUAGAUGUGGCAGAUCUGCCAACAGAAAAUAUUAUUAAACAUUUCCCACAGGUUAAAGCUUUUAUUGAUGAAGGUCUUUCUUCUGCAGGCAAUGUUCUGCUUCAUGGCAAUGCAGGCAUUUCACGCAGUGCAGCACUGAUGAUUGCAUAUAUAAUGGAAACAUAUGGCUUGUCAUACAGGGAUGCUUUCCAACAUGUACAGCAGAAGCGAUUUUGUAUCAAUCCUAAUGAAGGAUUUGCACACCAGUUGAUGGAAUAUGAACCAAUUUACCUUGCAAACUACCAGGCUAGACAACAGCAAAUAGACUGUCAGGCAAUAGACAGAAGAAAUGCAGGAAUCAAAAGACCAUUUGAAGAUGAAAUUGAUGGAGAUGACGGCAUGGAUUAAUAUUAUCAUAAUGACUGUGAGAUAUAUAUACGCAGCGUGUUCCUAAAAAUAGCUCAAGCAAUGAAAUUGAUCUUUAGGACUGAAGAUAAGUAGGAGUACUCAAUAUUUAUUUUUCAAUUCUAAAGAUUUUUCCACUACAGAUUUUUAUUAGUAGAACGAUUGUAUAUUAAACGAGAUGUUAAAAUGUGUAAAACACAAGACUUUUCCUCAAAUCUAUUUCAGGGAUACUCUGCGAGCACAGUUUCUCCUCUUUCUCUCCCUUCAUUAGGAGAAGAUCGGCGAGGAGGGAGACUCUGCCAAUGUAGGACGUUUCUUUUGGUCGAAUUUUUUUUUAAUGGGGAAUGAUCAAAACCAGCUUUUAAGCCAUAUUUUGAACAUGUAAUGAGCAUGAUGAAAUAUAAUUUGAUGUGCACAGCGGCUGUCAAAAUGAUGUGUGACAGAUAUAAUAUCCUGCAUUGGCAGAGUCUGUUUUACCCCUCUAUUAAAACCAAAGGAAAAAUGGGCUCUGCUUGCAGUGAAUUUCAGAAAUAGUUUAUUAUAUGGAAUGUGAGAAAAUAAUUUUUGUUUGGUUUUGAAGUUUUUUGUACAUUUUGUUUGUAAAGUUAUUCCAUAGGGUUUCGUGCUUUUGGUAAAUAUUUCUAGUUUCCUAUGAAGCCGCUUCUAGUGUCUUCAUGCAAUGCUUACUCCCCUAAGUACCACUACGUCACUUAUAGUGGGUGCGUAGACGACUAGGUAAAUCCAUAAUGUAAAUUGUAUCAGAUUUAUUGAUAGAUGUUUGUAUUUCCUUUAGAUGUUUCUACAAUCUACGAGUUUUUUGAACUGCUUAAAACACUCAUGAACAAUUUAUAAGAUUUAGGUUCAGCUGGAGCCACCAUACACGUCACGAACAUGGAUUUUUAUACUUCGAUAGAGAUU